AUGAGCCAUUACUUUGAGAAACGACCGGAACCUCCUCCGCAGUUCCUGCGUAAGCCCGUAGCGCCGCCGACUCCGCCGCCCGUGUACAGUGCUUAUCCUCCGUCGCAAUUCGGCUCCGCAUAUGCACCUCCGCCGCAAGCUUCCCCAGCGCCAUCUCCGGCGCCAUCGCCGUCGCCGUCGGCUUUGAGGACUCCUACUUUUGAGAGCUAUAACCCUUCCAAUUCUUAUACUGGUUCAAACUCGUAUGACCGACCUUCGACUUCUUACAAUCCUCCAGCCGCUUCGCCAACAUUCGCGCCAUCUCCGAGCUCGUACAACCCUGGGCCAGCCUCAUACAACCCUGCUUCCAGCUCUUACGCUACUCCAAGCGCAUAUAAUCCGCCUUCGAACUUGGAUAUCCGCCCUUCAACAUCGUAUAACCCUCCAGCUGCAUCACCGACAUACGCUCCCUCUCCAAGCUCUUACAACCCAGCUUCAAGCUACAAUCUCCCACCAUACAAUCCCGCCUCAACACCAUCAACCCCAGUCCCAUCAUACAACCCAUCUCUCCUCCCUCCCCCUCCACCCCGUCCUCUCAGACCAGUCCGCUCAGCAACAAACCUAACCAGCGCCCACGCUCCGCAACAAUCAGGUUUCUUAGACCCCAAGGGAACUCACCAAGUCGACUUUGUAGUCGACGACCUUCCCUCUCCAGCUUCAUUAUCGCCAGGCCUUUCUCCUACAUUCCCAAGCGAUGCGCCACCGCAUGAGAUCCGUCGCGUGAAGAGCUCGUCAGCUCUCUCAGCAGCACUAUCAACCCAUCCACAAGACCAACAAAAAGACUCAUCAAAAUGGAAGACAGCACUCGGCGAAGCCCAAUACUUUGCAGGAGGCUUGAUAUCGCACCCCGCAGAGUCAAAUAAGCAUUUCAGCAUCAUCCGUCAUUCUCAUGCACUAGUCUGGUACAGAGGACCUUCUACAUCCGUACCGAUUACUAUCCUCUCCGAUGAACCUCUACCACCGACCAGAACGUUAUGGAUGCAACAAAAAGGCUUCUCCGGAAACAUGGGCAUGAGUCUCAAAGCGCUUAUGGGAACGACAGGGACGUGGCUAAACGUCACACCUGCUACAAGAGCAAACGUCGAACACCUCCCUGAGGCAGAAGAGCGCGGUAUACAACGUGACUUUACACGUUUUGUCAAGAAAGCUUCAGGAAAAUUGAAGAAUCACGUUCCUAGGGAAACACACAUCGUGCGCAUCCCCGCAGCCGCAACAGACGGCUAUUUCCGCCUCGUCGUCUGCGCAGGAGAAGAUAACAAGAAAGUCCUCUGCGGAAGUCCCGUGUUUCGCAUUGCCAGUACUUCCACAGACGUCAGCACCGUUCGAGGGUCCAGUUUGAGUACUAUGCCUCUGGAAAUGGGUAUCAAGAUGGCUACCACUAUUGGAUCGCAGGUUGCGAAGAAGUACACUGGUGUUGCAGGCGUUGUGGUAGAACAGGGUGCUAAACGACUCACGCCGAGUAACGCGGCGAUUAAGAAAGUUGCUACUACGGCGUAUCAGAAGUCAGGUCUCGGCAACGCUGUUAGUGAGAGCUGGAAGAAUAACAAGGCAGGUCGAUAUGACCCUUUACUCAGCGGUACAGCACUCGAUGCGCCGCUAGAAGUAAUCGGCAGCGACGAGGGUCCCGAAGCACCAUUUCCUUACAAAUUCGCCGGCAAAGUAGUUCGCGGAACAGGAAUAUCGACGAGAGAAUUCGGUAUUCCCACCGCAAAUCUAACUGAGGUCGGAGACGAUGUAAAGAUGCGCAUGGGCGGUGUCUUCGCAGCAUGGGCACGCGUGAUUCCCACACCCGCCCAAAAAACCGAAGAUUUCGACGACGACUGGCACGAAGCAAUAGUAACAAUAGCCCCCCUCCGCAACGCACCACCCGGCGUCGUCCAACGAAACAAAGUAAUAGUGCACAUCCUGCACGAUUUCGAAGACACUUUAUUCUUCGACAUGAAGAUGAAGAUCAUGCUAAUGGGCUACCUACAUGCCUUUUCCCCCACACUAUCCAGUGAAGAGAUUCUGGAGGAGCAUUCGCGCAAUGUCAUGACUACGACUGCGAGUCUUGCGCGGGAUGCUUGGGGUCCUGAAGUGAAUCUUUCUGCGACGAGGGCUGCGAAGAGUGAUAGGGGGUUUAAGGAGAGGUUGGGGGAUGCGACGGGUGUUGUGCAGGGUGGGUUGGAUAGGAUUCCUUCGCAUUGGGUUGGUGUUAGGAGUGAGGGGCAAGAGAUGAGGGAUCAGGUUUAUGGGAAUGGUGGUUUGUGGGUUGCUAGAUAG